AUGAGUGACGAUGAUGAUUUCAUUAUGGAGGAGGAAGAAGAUGAGGAUUAUGACUUUGAUUACGAGGACGAAGACGGUGACGAACCGGAUGUGGACCUAGAAAAUAAAUACUACAAUGCCAAAGGACAUAAAGAGGACGAACCAGAGACAGCUCUCAUCGAAUUCCAGGGUGUUGUUGAUGCAGAAACUGAGAAGGGCGAUUGGGGAUUCAAAGCUUUGAAACAGAUGGUCAAGUUGUCCUUCAAGAUGGGAAAUUAUGACAAGACGCUUGAGUACUAUCAACAAUUAUUGCCAUACACAAAGUCUGCGGUCACAAGGAACUAUAGUGAAAAGAGCAUCAACAACAUUCUGGACUGUAUUUCUUCCUCUUCUGACAUGGCGUUUAUGGAGAAGUUCUACCAAACAACAUUGAAUGCUUUGAAAGAGUCAAAUAACGAACGGCUGCUGGUCAAGACAAACCUAAAGUUGGCAAAGCUGUGGCUAGACAGAAAGGAAUACGGUCGCUUGUCAAAGAUUCUGCGCCAGUUGCACGCAUCUUGCCAGGCAGAUGACGGCACAGAUGAUCAGCGCAAGGGCACACAUCUGCUCGAGAUCUUUGCGCUCGAGAUUCAAAUGUACACAGCCACAAAGAACAGCAAAAAGCUGAAAGCGCUGUACCAACAAUGUCUCUCUGUCAAGUCUGCAAUCCCCCACCCUCGCAUCAUGGGCGUCAUCCGUGAGUGUGGAGGCAAGAUGCACAUGAGUGAAAAGGAAUGGGAUCAAGCCCAGACAGACUUUUUCGAAUCAUUCCGCAACUAUGAUGAGGCUGGUAGCUUUCAGCGCAUCCAGGUAUUGAAAUACCUUGUACUGGCCAACAUGCUGAUGGAAUCACCAAUCAACCCGUUCGAUUCACAGGAGACUGGGCCCUACAAGAACGAUCCUCAGAUCGUGGCUAUGACAAACCUAGUGAGCGCAUAUCAACGGAGGGACAUUCGAGAGUUUGAGAAGAUUCUAAGGGAUAACCGUGCGACCAUCAUGGACGAUCCAUUUAUCCGUUCUUAUAUUGAUGAUGUGCUCAAGAACAUUCGGACACAGGUCUUGAUCAGGUUGAUCAAGCCCUAUACUAGGAUCGAGAUCUCCUUCAUCUCUCGCCAACUCAAUAUUCCUGCACAGGAUGUUGAGGAUCUGUUGGUUGGUUUGAUUUUGGACAAGAAGAUUGCAGGACAUAUCGACCAAGUGAAUCAGCGGCUGGAGUUACAGAGACAGACAACGGGUACACUGCGAUACAAUGCUAUGGACAAGUGGUCUGCUAAUCUAGUGACCAUGUAUACAGCCAACAUUAAUAAGGUCCGCUGA